UACGCUUUGCCCACUUCCGGGACCUGGCGCUGGGACAGUCACCAGGAUUAGGCGGAAUNUUGGGACCGCCCCUAGCAACUCGGUGCUAGGAGGACUCUUGGAGCGCUCGCCCGGAGGACAGGCUCUAGGUUAGAAGUACCCGUUAUCCCAGUAGGAUGGCUGACUUGCUUUUCUGUGAGCCAACAGAACUCUAUAACAUCUUGAAUCAGGUCUCCAAGCUGUCCAGAUUGGCUGAGCCCAACUACCUCUGUUUACUGGAGAUCCUUAGAGACCAUCAGUACCUCAUCCCGGAGUCCGUGGACCUGGAGUGUGUGAGGUACUGCAUCGUGUACGACAGCAACACCAGUUCCCUGGAGCUGUGCAUACGGCGGCAGCUGGAGGAGGAGGAAGAGGAGGAGGAGGUAGAAAAAGAGGACAAGGAGGAGGAACUGGAUGCCUUCCAGCCAUACCCAGUUGAGAUACUUCCAGGCAGAGUCUACCUGGGCAAAAUCAGUCAAGCCUGCAAUGCUAAGAUGCACAAGGACUUGAAAAUUAAAGCACAUGUCAAUAUUUCCAUGGAGACAACACCCUAUUUUAUAGGCAAUGCAGAUAAGCUCUUGCAUAUCAAGCUUGAGGAUACUCCAGACUCCUUGCUUUUUAACUAUUUCCGCCACAUCUGUCACUUUAUAGAACUUCACCUCAGGCUCAACUCUGUCGUUCUGGUCUUCUCCACCCGGGGCAUCAGCCGCAGCGUUGCUGCUGUGGUGGCCUUACUCAUGCAUUAUAAUGAGGAGACGCUGAAGAGGUCCUGGGCCCAUGUGAAGAAAUGCAAAACCAACAUGCGUCCGAAUCGGGCCUUGGUGGCUCAGCUGCUGGAGUGGGAGAAAGUCCUCCAUGGGGAAUAUCUCACAGACAUCUCCGAGCCUAUCUACUGACCUUUGCCUGGAAUGCAGCUAUGGUCACUGAGGAGUCUUGGUUGGGACUUUGGGGGACUGGAGGAGCUCGGUUUGCACUUGGAGUCUCCUGGAGAAGACCUUUGUGCUGCCUGGAGGUUCAUAUCUGCAUCUUAAGACUGGUUUUGUUGUUGUUGUUGUUGUUCUCCAAUACUGAGGAUUGAACCUAG